ACAUAUGUAUUAAGAAGAAACAAAAUGGAUUACUGAUAUUCGAGGGGGACAUGCAAAAAAGAGAACAGAUGCAUGCAAUAUCGUGCGUCAGCAGAUCUUCUCAAAAAUCAUCGCUACGCUUCUUAUUUACUUUAUAUCGAUGAAACGACACUCGAAGAUUUGAUUAGUCUUUAACGUUUGCGGAGCGAGAACGGUGCCACCAACGUGAACGGAGUAUUGGGAUCUACGAAGCGGCAAUCCGGUGAUUACCUCGUUCCAGAAAAGAACAAAAUAAUUUGGUUUUAAAUCGUGAAAGUGAUCGAGCAUCUAGAACGGACCUUGUGGUAUGUAUAAGAAAUAAAGAAAGAAAAAAGAAAGAAGAAGGAGAAGAAGAAGAAGAAGAAGACUUGUACAUAUAUCUUCCUCGUACGCCGAAAGUUGUGUUCUGCUUCUAACUAAGUGAUUAUUAUAACUUGAAUUAAGUGAGUGUGGUGAAUGAUUACUCUAAACGAGCUAACUGCUCCCUUUUUUUGUGUGUUCCUAUAUACAAUGUUUGAUGACAAUAAUUAAAUAAUAUAACAACAACAACAACAACAACAAUCAAACUAUGAUAGACUUUAUAGCCAAUAAUGGUGUACUUGUGACGUCAGAGACAAGAAAAGUAUAAAUAAUCGUCGUGUUUAAAAGCAGCAACGGGCAACAAGUUAGACGAAGUAUCAAAUAGUGUUUAUAAGAGGAAGGAACAAAAAUUGAACAAGGAUCAAUUGGAUUUGUUUCGGUAAUAAGUUGAUAUCCCCUCCCCCUCCCAACCCCCAUCCCCCUUCCCUCACCCAGUUGUGACUUUUUGACGAGGACGAAGCGGACUAAAAGCAUCAUCGUCGUCUUUUAGGACAUACGCGGCCCGUUUCGAUUAAUUUGGCGACGAUGCGUCGUCGCGGAUACGUUCGAACGUCCUCCUCCUCCUCCUUCUUAUCCUCCUYAUUGUCGUCGUCGUCGUCGUCGUUGUCGUUGUCGUUAUCGUCGUUGCUGCUGCUGUUGUUGCUGCUGCGGUGAAUGGAAAGCUAGGCUAACGGAUCACGCGACACAGUGAUGCAGUGCCGUAGUGUCAGUGUCGAGUGCCACGUGCCCGUACCUUGGAUUACUUGAAAAUGACUUCGUCCGGCGGAUAUUAUGACGACAGGAAUCCUUUGCUCAAGGGCACCUUAUCGAGCCUGGACCGAGAAAGGCUCCGUGAGAGGGACAGACAACAACGCCUUGCAAUGUCUAUACAAACAGAGCAGGGAAAUGUCGGUCCUGUUAGAGGAACCCAGGAUAGGCAUUAUCGUCUACACACACACUCGCAUAGCAGUAACGUAGCAGAAACGCUGUUUCGUGCACCUGUCAUGGUAACUCCAGACAAUUCCGAUCGCACGACACAGCAGAUCCAGUCCAAGUUGGGCAAUUACCACUUGGUCAAACACCUGCUGGAUGAGCCCAAACGAUUGAUCGGAAUCGAGGGUGUCCCUGCCAGUCCAGCACCAUCACAGCCAGGGACAUCCUCGCAAAGAUCGAGCAGCAGCUCGAUGGGCUCAUCAUCGAGACCUUUACAACCGCCACCCCAAGAAUUCAAGAGACCGGGUGGCUCAAAGGUGAAUUCGAAUACAAUUAUAUCUUCAAAUUUACUCCCGAUCAAUUGUCCUUCAUCAGUCUCAAUUCCUUCUACUUCCGCUUCGAAUUCAACUUAUUCUACUUCCCACCAGAGAAGUGGUUUUGUUAAACCAUCUUCUAUUGAUAUUGGUAAUAAAGGGUCGUACGGGGCCCGUACAAAUUAUUCUCUACAACCCAUCCAACUUCCAUCCAAUAAAGACUACCCCAAUGUUACAUUGACACCCAACAGAGGUCAGUCAACAAAUUCACCUGGAAGUGGUGCAACGAGCAGCAUCUCAACCAAUCGCUUGUACUCGGCAGCAACCAGGCUUCCAAGACUACCUCUUGAAAACGGUCCGAUGUCGAUGCGCUCUGUAGUUAACAACGAAAAUGCCUCGGUUGUGGAGAAUAUAUUGAAGGAAAUGACAAAUCCACCAACGCCGCUUACUGCUAUCGCUCAAACACCAAGAAAAGAAUCUGAGCCGAAAUUUACAUUUAAUUCAUCGGAAGGAAGAUUGAGAAGUAUUGAUAACGUGCCUCCAAUAGGGUCUUCGAGUAUAGAGGGAAGAGAAAACAGAAGACCCAACAGCAACAACAACAACAACAACAACACAUUUCCAGCAGAUCUAGAACUGGACUUAAGAUUAUCCGAAGAAAGCGACGAUGAAACGACAACUAGGGAGACACCGGCAAGACCUAUCAGAGGAAAUAGGAGUCCGCAUCUACCCUUAAGAUAUCAUUCAUCUUGCAGUUUAACAACACCAUCGUUGCCAAGUAUGGUACCGGGACCUACACCAACAGAAUUGUCACCAAUACCGAUGUCACCUGUCGGUGCAUUAUCACCCACGAGGCCAUUGAAUUUGCCUCGACCAACAUCAUCGCCGAUGAAGAAAAAGUCACCGGAAAAAUUGCCUACGCCACCCCCGAUAAGUCCAAUACCAUCGAAAGAUUCACCUAAUCUAAAUCAUAGACCACCCAGUCCACCCGGUCAAGCACCUCCAAGUUCACCCAGUGGUAGCUCGAGUUCGGAUUCAGGGUCUGAUUCCGGUAGUGAAUCUUCCGAUGAUUCGGAAGAUGAAAUGAACCAACCUUCAAACGGCAAGGGGCCUUCAACACCACCACCCAUCUCUCCUAAACCUACAGAAUUAAAUCAACCUGAACCUCCCGAGGUAUUACAGGAAACGAAAAAGAGAUGGAAUCUUAGCAAUUUUUAUAAGAUUACUGUACCAAACAAUGAAAAGGAUGAAACAAAAACGGCUCAGGGUGGAGCAAGGUUGGAACAGACAACGCUUCAAACGUCCGAAACUCAAGAAAAAAGUCAAGAAUGGCAAUUGGACGAUGCAUUGAAGCAUAUGCACAAUACAAAUAUGAUGCAUAUGCUUAGUGACACUAGUCAUAUGUCGGAUAAAAAUCAAACUGGAGAAGAGCAUCGUUAUGAGGUAGAGAAACCUAAAAUGACGGAUACGAAAAAACGUGGUCGACCAAGGAAAUCGACCAAAAGUCCAAAGGGUGAUCAAAGAACACCCGAAUUUAACAAAAGUACCAAGUCAUGCAAUAGAAUACGAUCAAAUCCUAAAAAGAAGAGAUCCAUUUCGAAGGCAAUCGUUGAAACGAGUGAUGAUGAUAGUGAUGAAAUAUCGCGGGAUAAUUCGAGUGAUUCGGAUAGUGAUAGGACAGCACCAACUCCGAUCACACCUGCAAUGACAAGUAUUGGCGAUAAACGAAAAUCGAGGCUUAGCAUAUCAUCGAGUGAAGACGAGAGUCCUCCCAAUGGAAAGAAUAGCGCAUCCGAGAGCGAAUCAGCACGUUGGAGGAGAACUGCCAUGAAACAACGUACCAAACUUGCAGACUCUCCGAAAAAACUGGAUAAGAAGAAAAAUCCAAGUAAGGGUAAACCAAGAAGGCCCAGAUCAAGAAUUACCAGCAUUAAUGCUGGUUCCGAUUCAGACAGCGAGUCUGACGUCACUAUGAGAAAUCGCAUACAAGUGACUAGGGUUCAAUCCAGAUCAAGAAUAAUACCACCACCAAGAACAAGUUCUCUGGAAAAUUCUGAUAGCGAUAAUAGUCCAACUCCUAAAUUGCAAGAAGAUGAUGCUGGUAACGUCCAGGAUAAAAAGAAGAGUGACACCUUGCGAAAAUUGUUUUCGAUAUCUAAAGGUGGCGCGAAAGGUGGUGGUAAAGGUGGAAAAGGUGGUGCGAAAGGUGGCAAGGGUGGGGGAAAGUGUGGUAUUUAUGUUCAGGAGUAUACGGCAUCGGCUAAUACGCCGACGAACGGUAGUGAAAGUCCGUACAGAAGGCCAACAUCGCAAUCUUCGAACAAUGUAAUGAUGCCUCCGUUGACUUAUAAGAACGGCAUGCCGAGUCUAAUGUGCAGGAUCGAUCUUAAUAGAAUAGCUCAUAUAUCGUCGAGAGGACAGGAAUUCAGGCAACAUACAGAACUUCCGGAUACCAGGCCAUCCUGUGGGCCAUCUUCUAGGCCACCUUCUAGACCACCUUCUAGGCCAUCUUCUAGGCCAUCUUCAAGGCCAUCUUCGAGACAAUCUUCAAGCCUACAUGCUCUAUUAUCAAGACCAGAUACUCCAGAGGAAGGGGAAUUAAUCGAUGCCUCGCCUGCCAGGCAACGUUCUUCCGACGGUGGUAGGAUUCGUGGUGUUGAUAGUACCGGUGUUGUGGAUAAGUGCGACAAGAAGAGUCGUUCGAACUUAACGAAAAAAUCCUCAUCCCAGCCAUCAAGUUCAAAAAACUUAAAUGGUAGUGGCACUCGCAGUGCUGGAAAUAAUGUUGUCAGUGCUGGUAACUCUAGUGCCACUAAUACGUCUAAAAGAAAACGUAAUACGAGCAGUAGCUCGGGGUCUAGUUUAAGUGCUACAUGUUCCACGGAUGUUAAGUCCAAACCCGGCAGUUCUGAGCCCAAAGAAAAAAGGAGGAAGCUCGAAUCGGAAUCAACCACGUCUAGGCCUUCUUCAAGUAAGGUGAACGAAAACCUACCACCAACUAAUCACGAGCGGGAAGAAAGGACUGAUGCGACUUUAUUACCACCCCCACCCCCACCACAACGUACCUAUUAUUCGUAUUUUAUCGACCCGCUUAACGACGUUUCUGAAGAUCAUGACAGGGACCAGAAUCAGUACCUGACAGAAGCAAAACGGUUGAAGCACAGUGCCGAUGAAGAGAUCGAACUUACAGCACAAGGAAUGUUGUACUUGGAAGCCGUUUUAUAUUUCUUACUUACUGGCAACGCCAUGGAGUCUGAUCCUCUUACGGAACGAGCGUCGUUCACCAUGUACAGAGAUACCCUCAGCCUCAUAAAAUAUAUCUCAUCAAAGUUUAAGAGCCAACAAAAUAACUCGCCAGAGAGCGGUAUAAAUAACAAGUUAGCUGUCCUGAGUCUUUGGUGCCAGUCACUUUUAUAUUUGAAAAUGUUCCAAAUGCUCAAAAUGGAUGUUAAAGAGUAUCAGAAGAUUCUUAAUGAAUAUCAUCAAAAACCCGCUCAAGCAACGCCAGUGCUACAGGAAGGUCAAGGUACACCUUCUUUGUCUCCGACACCAUCUCCCGCUGGUUCCGUUGGCAGCCAAAGUUCGGGUUAUAGUAGUGGAGAAUUAGCAGCUAAUAGAGCAGCUGCUGCACCUCCGCCUCCUCCGCCAGCACCACCCUGCGUUAGCGUUCCUCUUCACGUCCAUAAUGCCAUGAUAAAACAAAAUUAUUAUUUUAGUUUGUUGCUUACCUGUCACGAUCUUUGGGAACAAGCUAACGCUUUAGUAACGGAUGAUCAUAAAGAGUUUUUUAUCGAGCUGGACGAGAGGAUGGGACCCCUCACAUUGAACAGCUCCCUCUGCGAUCUGGUGCGUUACGUAAAAGCCGGAAUAAAGAAGCUACGUGCUCUCUGACCACAAUGGCACAGCCCCCGACCACCCACCCCCAAUUAUAUUACCUCGCUACCACAAAACAUUGCAACUUAUCCAACGAUGUUCACGUAAAUCUUGCGUGAUCGCUCGCUUAUACGACACUUGGGCACACAAUUUCGUCGUAAGCGCAACCUCCCAUCGAUUAUGAACUUUGGAAAAAAAGAAAAAUAAUUGUUUUCUUUAGCGAGGAGGAGGAGGAGGAGGAGGAGGAGGAGGAGGACUCUAUUAGUGGAAUAAUAAUCCAAUGGAUUGUUUUUGUAGAAAAAGAAAAUUGCGGGGGAUAAGGGAAAAUUAUCAUAAAAAAGAACAACAAACAAAGGAAAUUUAAUAAUUGGUCACGGGGUGCGAAGGAAAGAAGUUAGUAGAAGAAAAAAAA